AUGAUUUAUUUUCUAGAGAAUUUAGCACCUAAAGGAAAGGCUACACAGUCAUCCACAAGUUAUUCCCCUCUAAACGCUAUAGAUGGUAUAAAAUAUGGGGCUAGUAUAACAUCCUGCUCCAUUACUGGACGUGAAUUGAGUCCAUGGUGGAGGUUGGAUCUCUUGGAUUAUUAUGGGAUUAGUACAGUAGUCAUCACUGCUAGAUCAGAUGCUAAUUUUGAACAAACCAAUGGAGCAGAGAUUCGUAUUGGAAACUCCACUGAAAACAAUGGAAACAACAAUCCCAUAUGUGCUGUAACUUCAGGUUUUCAACGUGGUCAAACUAUCAGUUACUCAUGUGGUGUAAUGGUGGGACGUUAUAUAAAUGUGGUCAUGACUGGACUUACAUCUAUUCUCUCUCUCUGUGAGGUUGAGGUCUAUGAAACAGAGAAUGUGGCUCUAAGUUCAGCAGCUAUACAAUCAUCCACAUAUUACCCCUUUGUAGCUCAAAAUGCUAUAGAUGGUAUAAGAUAUGGACAAGGUGACGCUUCAUACUGUGCCGUUACUGCACAUCAAAGUGACCCAUGGUUGAGUUUGGAUCUUCAGCAUGAAUAUGAGAUUGGCACAGUAAUAAUCACUGCUAGAUCAGACUGUUGUGCGGCUCAAACCAAUGGAGCAGAGAUUCGGAUUGGAAACUCCACUGAAAACUAUGGAAACAACAAUCCCAGAUGUGCUGUAACUUCAGGUUUUCAAGUUGGUCAAACUAUCAGUUAUUCAUGUAAUGGGAUGGAGGGACGCUAUGUAAAUGUGGUCAUGACUGGACUUCCGUCUAAUCUCUCUUUAUGUGAAGUGGAGGUCUAUGGGAAACGUCAUUAUAUAAAAAGCACUUUGAGACUGAAAUUUCUCUCCGGUGUUGAUGCAGCGGCUGUGAGUGAUCAAAUCCUCAACCAGCUGGAGUCUGCUCUGUCGUUAUACAUCUCUGAUUUUAAUCUGGCAUGGAAACAACUCCCUUAUAAAGAGAAAGUCAAACGUCAUCAGAACAUCACAGGUUCUUGUGAUAAAAUACAUUCCUGA